AUCCUCAAUACACAACUUAACCUCUCAUAAAAAAUUAGUCAACCCAUUGUUGAAACAAUGGUUAACACCAAGGGUAACCAAGGGGGUCGUUUCACUUAUAGGGUUCAACCUCUUCUCUUGCUCGUAUCCAAGGCUCGAGAUCUGCAAAACAGUAAACACCGUUAGUCUCGUUAAGAGGGGAAAGGGAGGUUUUCCCUCUUAACCAGGCUCCGGCGUGAGAAUAAGUACUGUUCCGAGAUGAAUAAAACAGUGUGUGUAUAGAGUGAGUCAAGAGAGCCAAGAUCCUUAACCUGAAUGAUGAAGGGUUCUAUUUAUAGCCGGAGGGUGAAGAAGGAGGAAGCAGCUGUGCCAGCUGUGGGUGUGCGCCAGCUGUCCGACCAAGGGGAAUAUCCUCUUGGUCUGUUCUGUCAGGGACGGCAUAGUGUUACACGUGGCGUCCCUGCAUUCGACGGUGUUGGGCACCUCGUACUGGUCAUGUCAGCCCUGCUCCCUGGAUUGUCGCAGGCCCAUGUGUCUUCCUGUGUAUGGUGCCACGUAUUGUCCUUGAUGUUGGGCGAGGCAUCUUUGAUGCCAGCCGGGCCUUAUCCGGUUGUCUUCUGGAAGCUUCUAGAAGAUCCGGAUGAUGUGGAUGCCUUGUGUGCACAAAAAGUGGUGUGGUCCCUGCCAUGUAGGCAGGGAAUUGGGACCAUACCUCUUCAAGUCCCCCCAGUCCAGUGUGCCUUCUAGUUGAGUUGAUCGUCUAGGAGGGAUUCUGGACUUAUGAGAGUUGUGGUUUUUAUGCAUCGCGUUGGAAUUGGUGAAUAUAAGUUGAGCCGAGUGGACGCAUGCCGCGUGGGUCUUGGCCUUUGAAAAAAGUGAGCCAAAUGGACGCAUGCCGCAUGGGUUUUGGCCCUUUGAAAAAAGUGAGCCAAAUGGACGCAUGCCGCAUGGGUUUUGGCCCUUUGAAAAAAGUGAGCCAAAUGGACGCAUGCCGCAUGGGUUUUGGCCCUUUGAAAAAAGUGAGCCAAAUGGACGCAUGCCGCAUGGGUUUUGGCCCUUUGAAAAAAGUGAGCCAAAUGGACGCAUGCCGCAUGGGUUUUGGCCCUUUGAAAAAAGUGAGCCAAAUGGACGCAUGCCGCAUGGGUUUUGGCCCUUUGAAAAAGUGAGCCAAAUGGACGCAUGCCGCAUGGGUUUUGGCCCUUUGAAAAAAGUGAGCCAAAUGGACGCAUGCCGCAUGGGUUUUGGCCCUUUGAAAAAGUGAGCCAAAUGGACGCAUGCCGCAUGGGUUUUGGCCCUUUUGUGCUUUCUUCUGUUUGAAGUUUGGUGGUUAUGGGGAAGCGUUUGGUGUGACCGUCUGACAUCCCUGUCUUUUCGGAGGUGAACAGUUGCUUUUGCAGUGACUUUCUGUCACAUCAGCAGACCCUGUUGCCCAUGCUUCCCGAAAAAUGAGGCGACGUCUUCUCUUUCCUCUGACGUGUCGGCCAUCUAUUGGUUACUUUUCUUGCCUCCUGACGUUCCACUAUCUCUCGCAUUUAAUGCGAUGAGUAUAAAUAGCAGAGCGGUUAUUCACUUUCUUCGUUCACUUUCAAAUUCUCAGUGCAAUUUCUCUCUAUCUUCUUCUCCUUUGUUCUAUCUUUCACCUUUAUUCAAGUCGUUUUCUUCUUGAUUUUUAUCAUGGCUGAUAAGAAUCCUACUCAAAAGAAGAGGAAACAUAAGAGUAGAGCACCUCCUGGUCCUGACCAGGCCCAGAUUAACUGGAAAGAAGAUGAAUUCCAGAACCUCGUUAGAGGACAUAACUUUCGAUCUGAGUGGGGGGCUCGAUAUCCUCCGGCUGGAUCUACUGCACUAGAUGCCCCCCUGGUUUUAUCACUUUAUAUGCUGCUUUCUUCCGGGAAGGCAAUUUUAGGUUGCCCAUUACUAAGUUUGUUGCUGACGUUCUGAGAGGUUAUGGUCUUCAUAUUUCUCAGAUAAAUGCUAUUGGGCUCCCCCGGAUUACUCACUUCGAGUUUGUUUGCCGGUCUUAUCGAGUUGAACCGACGUUUCCAAUGUUCAACACUUUUUAUAGUGUUUCGUAUUCCAGUGGGUUCUACUCUUUUCAGGCUAGGAUGGGGGUCGCUCAGGUGUGUUCGGUGCCGAUAAAGGGCAUUCAUGACUGGAAGCAAAAGUUUUUCUACAUCCGUCGCGGUGUGAUUCCGACGGAUAUGUCGUAUAGGCAUGUGGAACAAGGGGUUCCCAGGGUGGAUGUUCUUCCCAACUAUGGUGAUCAAGAAUGGUUUAAGAAGAUAACUGCGAAGCCGACGGCUAUUUCUCAACUGGAUGAGAUGGCCUUGGUUGGUGCAGGGAUGAGUUUGUUGUGGGUUCCUAAACAUCCGUUGGGUCAGCCUGCGUAUAGCCAUAAAGGCAAAUUUGGUUAUAGUUUGCUGAAUGCGUUGGACCCGAAAUCGGCGGGUGCCAUGGUUGAAGCUAUCCAAGCUGAUGGGAAUCCAACGUGGUUGGAGCAAAUACAUGACCGUUUUCUUCAUCCUACCGAUGCGAGUUUGAGUGGAUACGCCAAUGAAGUUCUUGGUACCACGCCUGGUGGUGUUGCUGAGCCGGUCCAUGGGUUUGCUGAGGAUGAUGACGAUGCGGAGGCGUCUGUUGAUCCGUCUGCCCAGUUGGAGACGAGGAAGAGGGCAAGGACGGAGAAAUCUGUAAGAAAGGAAGGGAAGAAAGAGGGUGGAGCUGCUGGAUCUUCUCGCCCUGGGGAGGUGCGUCAAGGGUCUGAUCCUGACGAUAAAGCUACUUUAACUGAGCACAUGAAGAAGAAGGCUCUUGAUGAUCAUAAGCGUCAUCUUGAUGAACAAGCUGCUGCCCUUCUUGCGGCCAAGAAAGCCAAGCUUCAGAAGGAUGCCCCCCCAGCCCCUUCUGAAUCUGAGGUUGAUUUGGGUGUAUUUAGUGGGGGUCGAGGGAAUUUGUUGGAGAAGAUAUUUGAGGCUUCUGCUUCCCGGCCUGAAUCUAAGACUAGCAAGAAGCCGCGGCCAGUGGAUAUUUCUCAUAUUACUCCACCUACCUCUCCUCCUUCGAGGACUGUUGGCUUGACCCCUCCUCGAGAUGAUGCUGAUGUAACUGUGAAGGGCGGUGAAGGGUUUGAAGGUAUAUUUGAGGGAGGUGACGCUGCUGGUGGUGAUGUUGGCGGUGAUGCUGGUGGAGUUGAUAAGGGUAAAGGUAUUGAAGUGGAGAUGGAGUCUAGUGAGACUACUCCACAACAAACCAUUUACACAAAACGUCCUCCCGUUGAAGGUGGAGCCACUUCUGGCUUUGUGCGGAGUCCGCACUUUGAACAAAAUCCUGGUGAUUCCUGGGGUAACCCGGCUUGCGAUGAUUUGCCGCACCUCCCCCGUUGGGGCCUUACUCAGGGCUCCCGCAUGAAUGAUUUGCAGAACUGUCAGGAGUUCUUCUCAUUAUCCCUUCCUCCUGCCGAGAGGAUGUUUCAGAAAAACCGCAGCCGCUUUGCCCUUAUAGAUGAUCAUGUUACGGCUGGGGUUAACUUCUUUGCCACCUCUCAAGAGAUUCUUCGUGAGUGGCGUUCUAUGGGAGAAGAAACUAUGGCGUUUGAGGAGGCCAAGAAGGCAUUUGCUGAAGAGAAGGAAAAAUUUAACACAGAGCAGAAGGGUCUGCAAUGGCGGGUUACUGAGGCUGAGCGGAAAUUUGAAGAGCAGAAACAGUUAAACGAGCAAAAACAAAAGGAUUGGGAGUCGGCCUGUGCUCGUACGAACGCGGAGAUGCAGUCGCAGCGUGAUGCUAUUGUGCGACUGUCCGGUGAGAAGACUGCUCUCGCGGAAGAGGCUCAUCAAGCGCGUCUUGCGGCGGAGAAAAAGGAAAAAGAGUAUAUUGCGCGGAUAGAUAAGCUGGAGCUUCUUGUGCAAGCGAAGACUUCGGAAUGUGAGGCUGCUCAGCGUCUUCUUGAUGAGAAGACGGCGGAGUGCCGUGCGUCUGAGCUCCUUGCUGAGGAAGCUUCAGCUGAUAGUAGGUGGCUGCUAUCUCGCGGUGUUCCAUUGCUUGCUGAUCGUAUCUUGAAUUCUCCUGAGCUUGCCCAAUACAUGUUUGAGUUGGGUGGGGCAGGUUAUAAUAGUGGCCGCAAGAAUGGAUAUGCUGAAGGCAGGUGUGCUGCUGCAAACAAUGAGAAGGAUUACAAGUUUGAGCUGUAUAAGGCUGAUUGCGAUAAUGCGUAUGCGAAGAAACGGCGAGAGUUUGCAAUGCUUGAUUUUGCCGUAGUUAAGGCUGCUGGUAAGUUGGCCCUCAAAGCGGAUGGGGUAGCUUUGUUAAAGAAGGCAUUGGGAGAAGAUGAUGCUAGCGGUGCGGGUGGUGCUGGUUCCAGCCGCACUUAGUUUGGGAUUUCCGGCCUGUGUGCCGCGUACAGCCUUGUAUGGGCUUGUAAUGAUGUUUCAAGACAAUUUCUUACUUUGCACUUUUUGUGUACUUUGACGAUUGUUUGUUGCUCUGAUUGUGUUUAUGCAAAUUUUGAAAUCGUCAUAAUAUGUGCAUGUUUUAAUUACUUUGAUUAGGUGUCGCGAAUGAAUGAUG